AGUUGGUAGAGGCGCCAGAGGAGAGGAGUGGAGAGGAGAGGGGUCGAGCAGAUGGGAGGAAGGAAGGAAGAGGAUCUUUCUGCGGGCCCGAGUGCGCGAUUAAAGGAUUCUGCAUAAAUAAACAAAUACAUGAAUCAGAGCCUGUAGUCCAGGAGGGGAGCUACAGGCGCGUCGCGGCGCUGCGUGGACGCGGACGAGCCGAAACAGUUCCUCUCUCUGGAUCUUCCUCCUCAUGUUCCUCAGACUCUCCGAGAGCUUCAGCAACUUUUAAAGUCGGCGUCUGAAAAACUUUCUCGCCCCCCCCCCCCCUUCCCCUCCCCUCCCACCCCGGUUAUCUGUCUCCCCGGAAAGAGGAGAAGAAGCUGGUGGAAGUGGAGCAAGGAAGAGCGUUUUGUUCCUCCCGCGGAGUCCAGCUCGCCGCAGCCGGGGUUUAGGCGUUGGCACCCGGGCUGGGAGUCCCUCGCCAUGGCCGGGGCCAAGCCGGGAGUCCACGCGCUGCAGCUCAAACCCGUGUCCGUCCACGAAGCGCUGAAGAAGGGGGGCAAGUUCAUCAAAUGGGACGAGGAGCCCAACAGCGGGCCCCCCACGCUGAUAACCCUGAAAGUUGACCCAGAUGGAUUCUUCCUCUACUGGACCGGAGGGUCCAACCUGGAGGUGGAGAUUCUGGACAUGAGCACCAUCAGGGACACCAGAACAGGAAAAUACGCCAAACAGCCAAAGGACCCGAAGCUGCGAGAGGUGCUGGGCUUCGGUAAGGGCGACAACGUCGAAGGGAAGCUGGUGACCGUCGUCCAUGGCAACGACCUGGUCAACACCUCCUUCCUCAACUUCCAGGCUAUGCAGGAAGACACAGCCAAGAUUUGGACGGAUGAGCUGUUCACUCUGGCCACAAACAUACUUUCCCAGAAUGCAUCACGGAACACCUUCCUCCUCAAAGCGUACACGAAGUUAAAGCUGCAGGUGAAUCAGGAUGGGAAGAUUCCUGUGAAGAAUAUUCUCAAGAUGUUUUCAGAUAAGAAGAGAGUGGAGACAUCUCUGGAGCAGUGUGGCCUCGUCAAUAACAGGUCCGAGGGACUCAAGCCGGACGAUUUCACGUGGGAGGCCUUCCAGAAGUUCCUCGACAGCCUCUGUCUCCGGCCUGAGAUACAAAGCAUCUUUGAGGAAAGUGGCUCCAAGAGGAAGCCGUUCAUCUCUCUGGACCAGCUGAUGGACUUCAUCAACCGCCGGCAGCGAGACUCCAGACUGAACGAGGUGCUGUACCCCCCGCUGAAGAGAGAGCAGGUCCGACAGAUCAUGGAGAAAUACGAGACCAACACCAGCCAGCUGGAGAGAGACCAGAUCAGUUUGCAGGCUUUCGCUCGCUAUCUGGGAGGAGAGGAAAACAGCAUCGUUCCCCCGGAGAGGCUGGACGUCAUAGACGACAUGAACCAACCGCUGUCCCACUACUUCAUCAACUCCUCGCACAACACGUACCUCACAGUGGGUCAGCUGACCGGCCUGUCGUCAGUUGAGAUGUACAGGCAGGUGCUGCUGACCGGCUGUCGCUGCGUAGAGCUGGACUGCUGGAAGGGCCGGCCGCAAGACGAGGAGCCCUACAUCACCCACGGCUUCACCAUGACCACUGAGAUCCCCUUUAAGGAGGUGAUUGAGGCGAUAGCAGAGAGCGCUUUCAAGACCUCGCCAUACCCCGUCAUCCUGUCCUUUGAAAACCACGUGGACUCGGCCAAGCAGCAGGCCAAAAUGGCAGAGUACUGCAGGACCAUAUUUGGAGACGCCCUGCUCAUUGAUCCGCUGGAGAAAUAUCCGCUGGAGCCCGGCCAGCCGCUCCCCUCGCCGCAGGAGAUGCUGGGGAAGAUCCUCAUCAAAAACAAGAAGAAGCACCACCACCACCGGCCCUCCAGUGGGGGCAGCAUACGGCGCAGAGAGCAGGAGGAGCAGUCGUCGCCCAACAACGACUGUCCUUUGAAUGACAGUGACGGAGGUCAGCUCCUGUCCAACGGGGAGGAGAAGCUGGCUGAGAGGCUAGUCAAAGAAUUGGAGCCUCGCAAGUCCUUAGGAGGUGAAGGCGAGAGCGAGGAGGACGAGGAGGACGAACCGGCGGCGGAGCUGAAAAAGCCGAACUCUGACGAGGGUACGGCCAGCAGUGAGGUGAACGCCACGGAGGAGAUGUCGACUCUCGUCAACUACAUCGAACCUGUCAAAUUCAAGAGCUUCGAGGUGGCGACGAAGAGGAGGAAGUUCUUUGAGAUGUCGUCGUUCGUGGAAACCAAAGGCAUGGACACGCUGAAGAGCUCCCCCAUCGAGUUCGUCGAGUACAACAAGAAUCAGCUGAGCCGAAUCUACCCCAAAGGAACGAGGGUGGACAGCUCCAACUACAUGCCUCAGCUCUUCUGGAAUGUCGGCUGCCAGAUGGUGGCGCUGAACUUCCAGACCCUCGACCUCCCUAUGCAGCUCAACAUGGGUGUGUUUGAGUACAACGGCCGCAGCGGCUACCUGCUGAAACCUGAGUUCAUGAGGAGGACGGACAAACACUUCGACCCUUUCACGGAAAACAUCGUGGACGGGAUCGUCGCCAAUACUGUCAAAAUCAAGAUCAUCUCAGGCCAGUUCCUGACAGAUAAAAAGGUGGGCGUGUACGUGGAAGUGGACAUAUUUGGACUUCCUGCCGACACAAAGAGGAAGUACAGAACCAAAACAUCCAAUGGGAACUCUCUGGACCCCGUGUGGGAUGAUGAAUUGUUUGUGUUUAAUAAGGUGGUGCUCCCUACGCUGGCCUCUCUGAGGAUAGCGGUGUUUGAGGAAAACGGCAAGUUUAUUGGACACCGCAUCCUCCCUGUGUCCGCCAUUAGACCUGGCUACCACUACAUCAACCUGAAGAAUGAUCUGAACCAGCCCCUGCUGCUGCCCUCGCUGCUGGUUUACACCGAAGCUCAGGACUACAUCCCUAAUGAGCACCAGGAGUACGCGGAGGCUCUGACCAACCCCAUUAAGCACAUCAGUCAAUUGCACAAGCGAGAGACACAGCUGGCUGUUCUCCUGGAGGACAACAAUGAGCACGUCCCCAACCAGCCCAAAGAGGGAGAGACCAGGCGAGAGAGCGAUGUCAUUCAGGGAGGUCGACUCCCCUCCCCCUUCCACGCCCUCCCCCCCUGCUCAUUGGAUGAUGCCCCUGACAUCAUCAAAUUACCUGCCCCAGCACAAAGUCAGAAAGAAGACCUCAUAGCCACUGUUCUGGCAGACAUCCAGGCCCAGUCUAUAGAGGAGCUGAAGCAGCAGAAGAACUAUUUGAAGCUGCUAAAGAAACAGAGCAAAGAGCUCAAAGAGCUGCACAAGAAGCACCUUAAGAAGGUGUGGAAUCUGAGCAAGGAGCAGAAGAGUCGGAGUAGCCAGGUUCAAUCUGACACCCAGAGGAGGCGCAGUCAGAUGGAGAAACACCUCAAACGUAGCAUCAAGAAAAAUGAGCCCCCGGAGCCGGUGCAGCGUGAGCUGACGGCGUUGGACCAGGAGAUCGAGAAGCAGACGGUCCAGCUGAGGGAGUGGCAGAUGCAAGAGCUGCUGAAGCUCCGGCGGCAGCUUUACUCGGUGGAGCGAGAGAAGCAGCAAACGCACCUGCAAGAGGCCUUCCAGAAGCUAAAGGAGACGGCCCAUGAAUGCCAAGCAGCUCAGCUGAAGAAGCUCCGGGAGACGUGCGAGAAGGAGAAGAAAGAGCUGCAGAAAAUCCUGGACAGGAAGCGGCAAAACAGCAUCAGCGAAGCCAAGAGCCGAGACAAAGACAAGGCCGAAACGGAGCUGAAUGAGAUCAACAGGAAACAUAUUCAAGAUUCGGUCGCCUUAAUCCGCGGGCUGGAGGAGGCUCAGACCAGGAGGCAGGACAAGCUUACGCUGAGGCAGCGGGAGGUGCUGCAACACAUAGACGAGGAGCUGCCGCUGCUUCAGUCUCAGCUGGAGAGGGAGCAGGAGGAGGAGUAUCAGCGACUACCGGAGGAGAUCUGCCAGCACCUUCAGCUGGAGCUCAACAACAAAGGCCUCCGAAAGGACGCCCUGUUCUCGCCCCUGUCCAAUCACAGCAGCCCCAGCCCCAGCUCCGGCUCGGGCCCGCCCUCCAACUGCUCCACGCCGUCUUACCCGUCGACGCCUAAUCGGAGUACCAAUCGGAACAGGAGCAUGGACAAUAGCACCGCCUCGCUGGCCGACUCCACUUCCUCGUCCACCACUCCCGUCCUGUCGGAGGCGGAGAUGUCCUUCAGUUAAACUUAUUACUUGUAAAAAGGAAAAUAGAUGCAUUCAGCUGGGUUCUAUAAUGAUUAUAAUGUGGGAUAGUAAUGAUAUUAAUUAUUAACUAAUUUUAUUCCUUUUUUUAUGACAGACUGUUUUGUUCUCGUCUACAGAGCUAUAUUAUUUUUUAUUUUGCUGUUUUAGUCAGAUGACACAUCAUGCCUUUUGUUGGAAGAUUUCAUAAUCCUAACCAAUUUUUUUUUUUUUUUUUUUUUUUUACAUUUUCUUGUCUGUUUUUGUCUUGCUUUUAAUGUCAUACAUUUUCGUACCUUUUUCUUUGCAUCAUUCCCAGUUUUUGUCUGGUCAGUAAGCUUUGCUGUGGUUUCACCGCAUCACGAGCUUUAUGUUCACACUGUUUUUGCUAAAAGCUUCCUGCUUGUAUCAGCUUCAACCUCUUUUUUGACACUUUUUGAAAGCUUUAAACCUUAUUGACAGAGGAACAGGGUUAGAAAAUUGCUGCCAUAUACACAGUUGGCCCAAUAAUUAACAUUCUGGAAGGAAAAUGUAAUUCUCACUGCAAAUUUUUGAUAUUUUGUUUGUAGCAACAUUUGACGAAUGAGAUUGCUUCAUGAUGGCCUCAAUAGAUGAGCAUUUAUUACACAUAAAAAUGAGUGCUACAAACAAAAUGUCAAAACCACACAUCUUUUCAGUUUUUGCAAGUAAAAAUGAUCAAGAUUAGAGAAAUAUUUUCCAGAAUUGAGUAUCAAGAGGGAAUAAACAGGAGAAGAGGGCUGAAUUUUUACCCAGCUAGCUCAGACUCAGAGAGCUGUAAUGGCUGCAGCUGACCAGCAGGCGGUGCUGCAGCCUUAACUGUUUAUGCUAAAUUGGGGGUUUGAGCUUUCCAUUCAUCCAGCCUGAUUAUCCUAUUAUUCUGUACCCGGACACACACACUCACUCACACACCUGUCCCAGCAGGAUUUGCAGCGUCAUUGGUUCGGGAUAAAGUCUGUGGCUUUUGACCUCCAAUCAAAAUGCAGCCAAGGUUGCAUUGCAGGGUGGUCAGCAGACAUCCAUCUGGCCAGAAGCUAGUGUGUGCGUGUGUGUGUGUGCAUGUGUGUGUUUGAGGGUAAAGAAGGGAGGAUUUAAAUGAUGUAACACUCACUCACUUUCUCACACACACACACGCUUGACUGUUUUGACUUUCUUAUUGGUUCAGGGGCCAAAAGUCUCUAAAAUCCUCAUCCUGUCUAAUCUACCCCUAUUUUGAAAAACACACCACACACACAGAUACACACACUUUAGGGAAAAAGUUUAUUAAUAAUAAUUCUACACAAAUCACAGAUUACUAAACUAACCUCUGCAAGUGUGUAUGUGCGUAUGUGUGUGUGUGGCCAGAAGUUAAUCUCUUGAUGAGACAUCUGCUUCUUGGGACAGUAAUAUCUCCUACUAAAUGGAAAGAGCCUGCUGUGUGCGUGUGUGCGUGUGUGCGGCCUCUUUUGCAGCGUGGAGAAACACAUUAUACAGUAUGUUUAAAAGGCAACGCCACUGUAGGAGAGCCUUCGGACGAUGACUUCAAGCAGCUCAUGUAAAUUUAAUUUUAGACACCCUCUUAAAUGCCCCUUGUUGUGUUUGAUACUCCGGACAAUGAGUGUGGGAUCGUGGUGCAGAAAACAAAACGGUACUUUAAGUUAAAAUUCUGUGUUUUUGUGUCUAUCAAAGCUUCCUCGCUUUUUAUCGUCAUCUUUUCUUUUCUUUUUUGUCUUUUUUUUUUUUUUUUACAGUGAACGUUAAUGGCUGCCUUGUCUCUCUCUUCCAGUCUGAGGGGGGUCACAUGGCACCACUCUGUGUACAUGUUUUAUGUGAAUUUUACUACUGACCACAAGUGCUGAAGAGGGAUGGAGGUCAGGAGAGGCUGAGGGGAGAGGCGACAGGGAAUUUAAAGUACAUGUAGAGAUUGUUUUUGGAUUCGAGGGGGGGGGGGUCUUGUCUCGCCCUCGUCCCGCCUCCCUCCUUCAGCGAGCACUGGCUGCCUGUCUGUCUGAUUAUUCGCCCUCACACACACACACACUCUGUAAACCAUCAUCCAUUUAAAUGGAAAUUUUAACAACUUUUUCUUUUGUGGUUAUUUGACUUUUUAUUGAUGGAAGAAAACAUCUGUAUCCAUUCGUUCAGGUAACAAUCCCCAGAGUGUAAAGGUUUCCACACAUCGAGCCCCCAUUACAGGUUCAGUGUGUCCUGCAGCAGUGUCUCUUUAAUGCUGGACGCCACAAAGCAACUGCAGGCCAACAACAGCAAUGAAAUUUGGUUAAACUUCUAGGUCAUGAGCAGGACAGCAGCAACAGCGCACACCUGCUGGGGUCAGCGCUUUCCUUAGACGAGCGCUCUGACCUUCUGAUCUGUGAUAAUGUAACCGUGCAGCGCUGGCAGGCUGUUCACCUCUGGCUGCCACGCUGCUCUGUGUUAACGUCUCUGCUCGGCUCUCUCAUUUUGGACACUAAUGUAUACGACAAAGGCGAAGCUGCCAGCGCCCGUCUCGCACCCAAAGCUUUCCUUUCCAAAAGAAGUCGACUCGUCCCUCGCAGGCCGUCUGCUUUCGGGGUCAAGGCGGUCCGAGCCAUUCCAAGUCCAGCGGCUGGUAUUCCAGUUAACACUCGCACGUUACCUCCAGGUCACGCAGAGGUGGUCCUGUUUCAGCCCCUUUCAUCCCAGACUCUUCAGGUUUUAAUGCACUUUUCUCCUUCUCUGCUUUUGUUGCUUUUGAAGACCCUGUGACAUCAAUACAACUGCUUUCCAGUGAUUUGUACUUUUCGUGUCAGCAGCAGUUUAUUUUUACGAGAGCUGGCAGAAGAGUCAUUGAGCAUAUUUUGACACAUGAAAAGUUUUUUCCUUGCACCUUAGCUUUUUUUUUUUAAUUUGGUACCAUUUGCGUUUAGAAAAAGCUUUUUUAUGCUGUAAAUGAGAAUGAAACCUUUUUAUUAACCACUUAAGUCCAAUGACUGUAGUCCUUGUGAUAAACUUAAUUGUCACCUAACACCUUACAUCUUUAGAAAUCAAACAAAGUCAUGAAUCAACUGGCGAGAGUCACAUUUCUACAUAAAACGGAGGCUUUUGGGUGCAAGUCAGAUGUAAUAAUUGCACCUACAGUACAGUUAUAUACUGUAUUAUUGUUCCCACAGGUGCUCUGUGUGACAAAAAGACUAAUAGAAGACAAAUAUAUGUAUUAUAUGUCUAAUAUAUAACAUUCUACAAGGAAAAAUAAUGUAAGAAACUGUAAUGUGUAUAUAUGGAAAAUACCACAAACCACAGGUACUUCAGAUAUUUAAAAUACAUGUUUUUUUUUCUAAGUAAGUCCAUUGACCUGUAGACUUACUCUACAGUAAAAAUGCAUGUUGUUGGUUCCUGAUAGCUGCCAGUGGCUUUAAGUUUAGACAUUCGGUGUCUCUGAAGGUCAGGAAAGACAAAAGAUGAUAAUCCAGUUUCCAGGGGGAGCCCACUGGCUUCAUCACAUAAACUGUGUGGACAAAAGGUUCUGUGUGCUGGGAAGUACAGAUGAUGCGUUCAGGGACUAACUGCCAUUUUGAUUUAUAUGCCUUGAAUUGCUAAUGAUCCAAAAUAUACAAAAUACUGAUCAUUUGAAAUUACAUUAAAUGCCCCCCUUUUUUUACUUCAGCUGUUGAUUAAUGUUAGACUUUAAAGCUGCACUGAUCAAUACUUGUAUAUUUACAGUGGAUCGCAGCUGUUUUCAUCAAAGGAGUUGUGCGAUACCUUUUCACAGGAUUUGGGAACCAAAGCAGCAAAGAGGACAGUGAAUAUUGAACUAACAUUUUUCAGAUGGCCAAAAAGACAAGUCCAAACGGAUGCUAAUGUUGCUCUGUGUCUGCUGGAUGUGUAAAUAGGCAACAAAUAGGCAAUGCUAACAUGUAUGGCAUGUUUAACUAAAAAAAGGUGAUAAUAUGUCAGUACUGUGUGCACCCAAGUGGGAAAUGCAGGAUUCAUUCAUAGUUGAAAUUGACAUUUAAUUUUCAUUAUUGGCCAUAAAUUAAAAGAAAGAAAAAGCUAAAUUUGGAUUACUGCAAGUUUUAUCCUCUGGCUUUGGGUUAUACUAUUUAUUUGUGAUCGCCCAGCAUUGCGUAACAUACUACAUGCUAAAUCAUUAGCAUGUGCACGGCACACACAGUGCUAUCUGCCAGUCACAGAGUUAAUCCUGGAGUUUGUGCAAAACGGGUCAAACUCCCAAGAAGCCAGUAUAUAAUCCCUUCAAACCAAAUUAUGAGGCAACAUAUUUGGAUAUCCGAUGUAGAAUCAGGAUCUUUACUGACACUAAAAAGGCCGACAUCAGCUCUCUUCCCUUCAGCUCAUGGCCGUUCGGCCCGUGCUGCUCCGGCACACGGAGAGAGGAGUGCAGUCGGCGUGCUGGCGCCAUUAGCUAGUUUCCUUCCCGCCGGAACGCAGCCUGGGGGUUGUUUCUUGUCAGCCCUGAGCUUUAACCUCUGUUAUUUCGUUGAAGACACUCAUUUAAACGGACGCGCACAAUAUCACGCUCUGACACGAACACGGCAGCGUACCAUUAGACGCUCGCCUCGGCAGCAUGCGCACAAACCCUCCUCGACUUUGCUCUUAUUAGACAUUUGGUGUGACGAGUCUCCCUCAGGCCCACCCUGAGGCCUCUGGCUGUCAUGCCUUCUCUCCCUCUUUGUUUUCUCUCCUGCCUCUUUCUACCCCUCUGUCCCAUUUCCAUCCCCUCAGUUUCCCCCAGUAAUGAGACCAUCUUUUACUUUUGGAUUAGUUCAAAUGACUGAAAGCAGCAGCUGUGCUUGUGCACUUCAGAUAGCAUGCAAUAUACAUAAGACAAGACAUGUAGUGAGCUGUGUUGACACUGUAUAUGUCGUGUAUAUGACUGUUGGAUAUAAAGGGAAUGCUAUACAAGGAUGUAAUAUUUUAUUGUUCCUGCAUAAUUAAUAUAAAGUAUAUGGCUGAACAUUCAGUAAUAAACUCAGAACUUCCUGUUACGGA